GCUGUGUAAUUCAAAGCAGAUCUCCCUGGGAACUGGGAGAACUACACCGUUUAUCCGUGCGUCUCACAGUUCUUAGCCAGCCUUGAGUCUGAAAAUAAGGAUAUUACCUGGGAAACACGCCAAACUCACUUGGUGUUCAAACAGUAACGUCAGAUAUGCACUGGAAUUGUACAGCAUCGGAGAAUGAACACCUAGCGAGCUCUUUUGCGGCGAGAUAAAAUUCCGCCUGUUGAUAAUAGCUAACUUGUUAGCUUGCUUGCUCCAAAAUAUUGUUGAAAGAGAGAUCACUUCGUUUGAGGAUGAAGAAGUUCACCAUCGCCUGCGAGCAAUAUGAAACAGUAAAACUGACUGGUCGUAUCGCAUCUGCCAUUCUGGGAUGAGAAGGAAGCCGAACCUACUGUUGUUUUUUAUAGCUUGCUAAGUCACUUCACCGUGUCGCCUAGGGAACGAUUUAAUAAUUAAUAAUACAUAUAGCUAGCUAAAGUUAGUUAACGUGACUUGGCACGAGUUUUCUUGUCUAAACUACCUUUCAAUACUGCUGUAUUUACAGCUAACAAGCAACAGUAAGAAAACAACGAAGAGUAUCUUAAAGUUGCCGGCUGGGUGGAAUGAGUAUUAAUUUCACAGAAUUAGGUAAUUACGAGUCUGAUUGACUUGACUUGAAUGUCCUAAAUGAAUGUGGCAGUCUGAAAGCUUCAAAGUUGUUUUCUCUUGCAUGUAGCCAAUAUGUUGCGUUUCAUUCUGGCAUUAAAGAGCCUUAUGCGUCUGGUGCGUAAGGAAGUGUUGUCUAACAAAGACAACAACAUGCACAUAGCUAGCUAGAUAUCGAGCUUUAUAUGUUUUUCCCCCCCCGAGAGAAUAAAGCAAACUGAGCGCGUGAUCUGUAUUCAAUGUUUGUAUCCAUAUAGUUACUUUAUCUUCAGUUAUUCCACAAAUGACACCUGUUUUCUGCAAGGUUUAAAGUGGCUUUAACAUCAUGGACGCCGUAGGUCAUAGUGCCGACCUAAGGUACACUGGUCAAGAUUGCAGACCAGCGCAUGGAAUCCUUCAACAAGAAGUGGAAGUACUGGGGACUUUGGAGCAGAGGGUCGGCGACAGCGAAGGAUGCAGGCUGGUGGAUGUUCUCCUCACUGGAGGGGCGCCUUGGGGUUUUACUCUGAGAGGAGGUCGGGAGCACCACGAACCCCUCCUAAUUACCAAGGUGGAGGAGGGCAGCAAGGCUGCGGCCGUCAGGCUCCAGGUCGGGGACGAGAUCGUCAAUAUCAACGAGGUUCCCCUGAGCGGCUACCGACAGGAGGCCAUCUGCCUGGUGAAGGGCUCCCACAAGACCCUCGCGCUGGUGGUGCGGAGGAGGAGUGAACCCGUGAGCCGACCGCACUCCUGGCACUCCACCAAGUUCACAGAGGGCCAAUCAGACAACGGCAAAGCGCAGUCGACGCCCACGGCGAUCUGGCACAGCCGAUACGAUGCGAGUUCAUCUUCCACCGACCUGUCGGGCUGCUGGGAACCGGCGAACCUGCGGCGAGUUUCGGACCAGUUCAGCUCCCUGGGGAGCAUGGACAGCCUAGAGCAGUCUCCGCACCCCUACCCGCCGGGACGCCUCUCCCCGGCCAAGUCCAACAACAGCGUGGAGCACCUGGGCGGGGGAGGGGGGAGCAAGCGGGACUCGGCCUACAGCUCCUUCUCCACGGCCUCCAGCACGCCGGACUACACCCUGUCCCAGAGCAACGCCGCCUCCACCGAGAGCAUGCUGUGCAAGGCGGGCCAGUGGGACUCCGGGGGGCGCCAUAGCAACGGGAGGCACAGCCAGAGCCUGUGCGAGGGGGAUCGUCCGGGAUACCUGCAGCUCCCCCCGGGCGGAGGGGGCAGGGAGAGCCCCAGGACCGGGGCGGACCAGCCGGGCUCCAGGCACUCCUGCUCCUCCUCCUCGUCCGGCCGGCCCAGCGCCGGCCCCGUCUGGCACGUCCCGGAGAAGAAGAAAGCCGCCGCCGCCCCCUCCCCGCCCCCGCCCCUCCCCCCGGUGCGCAGCGACAGUUUCGCCGUAACCAAGGUCCACGAGAAGGGGCUGGUCAUCCCCUACGCCGAGGAGCCCGGGCCCCUCCCGCUCCCUCAGGCCAAACCCCUGCCCCAGGGGCCCGAAAACGUCCUGAGGACGCACCUCCAUGUCGGGGAGAGGGGGCCUGACUCCCGCCUCAUGUACAGCGCCCCCCACAAGGCUGACCGGCUCCACCCGUACGCAGCGGCCGACCCCUACAGCAGCAACAACGGCCAGUUCACCAACUCCAACAAGCUGUACUCGCUGUCCAGCUCUGACGUGCGCUUGGGCCAGGCCCCCUACGCCUACGCGCCCCACCGCCACCAGCGCCAGUACAGCGACGAGAGCACCUUCUACAUGGGCCCCCGCCUCGCCGCCGCGGCCCCCAGGCCACCGGGCCCCGCCGGCGGGUACUACAGCAGCAUGCAGGAGCUGCCAACCAACAGCCACAGCCAGGGGCACGGCCCCGCCCACACCCAGGGGCACGGCCCCGCCCACACCCAGGGCCACGGCCCCGCCCACACCCAGGGCCACGGCCACGCCCACACCCAGGGGCGGAACUCCAGCACUUCUCUUUCGGCUGCCGCUGCUGACCCGAAUGCAGACGGGCACAGCCGGUACUACUGCCUGACCGCCCGCCAGCCCCCGGGCCCCGUCACACAGGCCACUCUGGUGAAGGUGGAGGAGUGGAAGGGUGGGGUGGGGAUGGGGGCGUGGCCGGGAAUGGGGGCGGGGCCAGAGGCGGCCCACACCGCGGGCGCCAGAGGCUCGGCCACCAUCCCCCAGAAGGCCCACAAAGCGAAGAACCCGCUGCCCCUGGCCCAGCAGGCCGGCCAGGAGGGGAAGGACAGCAACGGCAUCGCCAGGAGAGACGAGGCCCCGCCCCUCAACCGACCGGCCUCCGCUGCGCCGAAACCCGGGCCCGAGGAGAGGGGGGGCCAGAGGAGGGCCAGCGGGCCCAGCGCGGAGCCCAAUUACAUGAGCUACCCCCCCAGCAAGCACAGCGGGGCCUGCCAGCAGAGGCACGCCCAGCCGCAGCGCGACCCCUGGCUGUCCCGGGACGAGGGCAAGAUCUGCCCCCAGACCACGCCCAUGCUGCACUCCCUCUCCCAGGAGGGCGCGGCCUCCGGCCCGGAGCCCAGGCCGGGCGAGGCGGGCGCGGAGGAAGGCGCCCCCCAGGGGGGUAAGCAGGUCAGGCGGAGCGACCGCUUCGCCACCACCCUGCGGAACGAGAUCCAGCUGAAGAGGGCCCAGCUGCAGAAGAGCCGGAGCGCGGCCACCCUGACGGGGCCCUGCGAGGCCGAGGAGGACGAGGCCGAGCCCGAGGCCUGGAGACCCGGCCCCGCCCAGGCCUCCGCCGGCUCCGCCUCCGCCUCCGCCUCCUCCGACGGCUCCUUCGGCGGCUCCUACAAGGACCACCUGAAGGAGGCGCAGGCCCGGGUCCUGCAGGCCACGUCCUUCAGGAGGAGGGACCUGGAGCCCGCGCAGCAGGAGGCCCCGGCCGGGGCCGAGGGGCUCCCCCCGCCCGCGCUCCAGGGCAGGCCGGCCCCGCCCCCCGCGGGGGCCCAGGUGUCCCGGAUCGGGGGCCGCAAGCGCUUCUCCGCCGAGAAGAGGCUGCGCUCCUUCUCCGAGCCCGACAAGAUCAACGAGGUGGGGGUGGAGGAGGAGCCCCCCCGCGGAGAGGCCGCCGGGUCCUUCGCCGACCGCCGCAACUUCUUCGAGGCGACGGGCCGCCCGGCGUUCCCCAAGCCCGCGCCCAGGCAGGCCCCGCGGAGCUCCCCCGAGGACCCGGGCGAGCCCGAACCCGAGAGCGGGCCGGCGGGGGGCCCGGAGGCGGAGCCUGAGCCUGAGCGGGACCCCGCCCGCGCGGACGGGCAGGCCCAGCUGGAGCAGCAGCGCCUGGGCACGUUCGCCGAGUACGAGGCCACCUGGAACGUGCAGAGGAAAGCGUCGGAAGCGAGGCCUUCUGGGAGGUACCACUCGGCCGACAACAUCCUGGACCCGGGCGCGGAGGAGCGGAGCAAGCCCUCAUACGUGCACGAGCGCUCGCGGUCGUCCCCGUCCGCCGACUUCUACGGAGAGAACGUCCCAAUCGCGGGGAGGAAGUCUGCGGGGUGCUCUCCAACGGAUCCGGAGCCCGCCGGACAGGAGAAGGCUGCUCCCAGGGUGAUUGACGGGGCGAGCGGCGAACCCAGGGAGAGAGAGGCGACGGCGCAGCGGGCCGACGGCUUCCUGGCCCCUCCCCUCGGCCCCGCCCCCACUCAGCACCACCACCACCCGGACCCAGGGGAACCCCGCCAGGCUCCGCCCCCAGGCCCCCGGAAGAAGGGCCCGGCGCCGCUGAGGCCCCCCCCGCCGAAGCUGGACCGCCAGCGCCGCCCCGAGAGCUCGUCCCCCCUGAGCGACUCCCAGGAGUCUCUGCUGGGGGCCCCGGACGGCCAGGCCGCUGAACCGCCCCCCCUCUCCCCCGGCCGGGACUCUCCAGGGGCCCCGCCCGGGGAGGUCCUCCCAAAACCGGAGCCACCAGCCCUUCCCUCCUCCUCCCCCGCCGCCCCCUCUGCGUCCCACAUGCCCGCCAGCCUGCUCCAGCCCUCCAUGGACGGCCCGCGCUCCCCCUCCCCGCAGUUCGUCCCUCAGAGGCUGACCGACCGGCCGCCCGUCUCCCUGCAGGAGGACACCGCCAGCAGUCAGGGGCAGCUGUCGGACAGCAACCCCGCGGUGCGGAAGGUUCCGGUGAAGAUCGUGCACCAGGCGGAGAGCAGCGCGGAGAGAGAGGCCCCGGUGUACCCCCCGCAGAGCGAGGCCCACGCCGCCCCGCCCGUCGCCAGCCUGGGCUCGUCCGAGCCGUCCUACUCCCUGUUCUGCACCUACACGCGGCCCAGAGAAGACCCUGCGCUCGAACCCGAGCCCGCCGCCCCGCAGGAAGCCCAGUCCCCUCAGGCUGUGGGCGGAGCCACCUCCGAAGAAGACAGGAAGAGGGAGGAGCUAGCCAGGGACAUUUUGGGGAGGGACAAGUCCCUGGCCGAUAUCCUGGAUCAGACCAAGAUGAAGACCACCAUGGACCUGAUGGAGGGCAUCUUCCCCCAGGGGGAGCAGCUCCUGGAGGGGGCACAGCAGCGCCGGAAAGUGGCCCCCAAACAGACCUCCCCCAAGAGCAACGAGGAGAGGCGGGAGGAGGACAGCUUGGCGGCCUCGGUUGCCUUGGUUACCAGCUCCUCGUACUACAGCACGUCGGCGCCCAAGGCGGAGCUUCUGAUCAAGAUGAAGGACAUGCAGGAGCAGAUCAAGGAGCAGGACUCUGAGGACGAGCUGGACAUCGACCUGGCCAACAAGAAGCAAGAGCUGAUUGACAGCCUGAGCAGGAAGCUGCAGGUCCUGCGGGAGGCUCGGGAGAGCCUCCUGGAGGACAUCCAGGAGAACAACGCCCUGGGGGACGAGGUGGAGGCCACCGUGCAGCAGGUGUGCAAGCCCAACGAGCUGGACAAGUUCCGCAUGUUCGCCGGCGACCUGGACAAGGUGGUGAGCCUGCUGCUGUCGCUGUCCGGGCGGCUGGCGCGCGUGGAGAACGCCCUCAACACGCUGGAGGAGGGCGCCGCCCCGGGCGAGAAGCGCACGCUGACGGAGAAACGCAAGCUGCUGAUUCGCCAGCACGAGGACGCCAAAGAGCUGAAGGAGAACCUGGACCGGCGCGAGAGGGUGGUCUACGACAUCCUGGCCAGCUACCUGGACGAGGAGCGCCUGGCCGACUACGAGCACUUCGUCAAGAUGAAGUCGGCCCUCAUCAUCGAGCAGCGCAAGCUGGAGGACAAGAUCAAACUGGGCGAGGAGCAGCUCAAGUGUCUGAUGGACAGCCUGCCGCUGGAGCAGAGGGUGCCCUUCUGAAGCGCGCCCGUCUCGCCACCAGAGGGCGCCGGCGACGCGCGGUCUGCGCGCCGGACCGUGGCCCGUUCGCCCCGGCGUUCUUCUUCAGCGGCUGCUCUGCUUUGACUCUGACGUGUUUUAAGUUCCGCAGGAAUACGGAGGCUUUGCCUCGCGGAGAGGGAGAGAGAGAGAGACUCUAGAGCUGCUACCGCAGCGUAGGGGAGCUCCUGGAAGCGAAACGUUCUGUAGCACGUGCAAACACAGCUGCUCAAAACCCCUUUUUUUCUGAUUCAGGGAUGCGAUUCACCCCAGUGAUUUUGCCUAGGGUAACAAUCUCCCAAAAUGACCUGCUUUUUGGAGUGGUGCAUUGUUUUUUUUUUUAAUACUGUCUAAACAUUUGAAAAGAAAAAGAAAGUAACUUUUCUUUUUUUUAGUAAUUUAUUAUAGCCUUCUGAAUAAAUAUGGAGGAGUUGAAUAGGACAGUAUUUUACCUGUUUGUUGGCCUGGUGUAGCAGAAGUGAAACAUGGCAGUAGUCAUUCAUGUGCUUUGAGAUGGCCAUAUCCUCUGCAUUGUGUAGUUUAGCGUUCAUUAACACUACUGUGAUGAUUUGACCAUAUUUAUGGUGGGGAAAGAGCAAGGAUCAUGUUUCACGUAAGCCAAGCAGCAAUGUUUCAGCAAGGACGGGGUCAGGAAAUGCACAUCGGUCUUCCUGGUCACCUGUCCUGUUUCAUGUCAUCUCCGAUCACACGUUUUUUUUUUGCUUGCAUUUGAUUCCAGACUUCAAGACAAUUUUUAGCAUCUCCAUCGUUCAACGUGAUGAUUCCUGUAAGACACCCCCCCCCCCCCCCAAACCUCAAAAUGGUGUCGGCUCUCUGUGAUUGGACUGAAAGCUAACUGACACAUGGGACCCAGUGCCUGAAAGGGCGCUCCAAUAUUAGUGAUGGGGAGAAAAAGAGGAAAAAAACAAAGUUAGCACUUUACUUCUAGAAUUCUCCGGCUGAAGGAAAGAAUCCCACUCGUUGAAAGCUGUGCCUGGCUCCUCUGUGCGCCUGCCAUUUUGAUAGUUGGGGACCGUUGCGUAUGCGUGUGUGUGCUCACGUUCCUGUAUAUGGUGUGUAUACCUAAUCAUUAAUUGUACUUUUACAUGACUUAGAAGAAGACAUUAAAGCGAAUGGGAGAUGAACAUGACCCUUUA